GCACCAGGCUCAAGUGGGCGCCAGAGGGAGCGCGGAGGUGGGAGGUGCCAAUCCUGUCGGCAGUCGCCUCCCGCCACUUCCCGGAUGUCGGCUGCGGCCCUGUCCCGGCAGGCGGCGGCGCUCAGCGUUGUGGUUCCGGGUUCCCGCAACUGUCUCUGUUGGUUUUCGCCGCGGCCGUUAAGUACUCUGCCUGGGAAAACCGGGAUUGCCUCUGCUGCCCCCCCCCCCAGCCUUGCCGUGCAAGUCCAUGUCCCUCCGCGCUUGUCUGUACAACCCCUGCUUCUUCAGGCGCUGUAGAAAUAAUAAUACGUUGCCUUCGGGGCAGAAACAGGCGAGGAGAAUCGCGCCGUAAGAAAGUCUGUGAGAGAUAUGGAUGACAGGCAUGAAGAGAAAUGUGGAACACUAUGUGCUACCUCACAAGAAAAAACAAAAGUCAGAGAGAGAGAGAAAAGGAAACGGAAACGCAGCAGAAGCAGGUCGUCAUCCGUUUCCUCCACCACGUCAUCCAAUUCUUCUACAUCUUCCUCUUCAAGUUCUUCAAGGUCCUCUGCUUCACAUAACAGAAGCAGUUCUAGUAGUAGAGAUUCUCCAAAAUCAAAAUCAAAGAAGAGAAAAAAGGAAAAACAUAACAAAAAGAAGAGGAAAAAAGAUAAGUUGAAGAAAAAGAAGGAAAAGAAAAAAAAGAAAGAAAAGUCAGGACCAGUACAACUUUCUAAGUACUUAAAAGAUAAAAAGAAGAAUCAAAACUACAGUAUGAUCACAGGAAAGAAAAUUAAGAUGAAAAUAAAGAAGAGUAAAAAGGAUAAAGAGCGUGACCGAAACCGUGCUGAACUCCUUGAUUUCCUGAACUCUGCUUUGUAGUGAAUAUGCUACUAAGCAAGGACCAGUAAGUCUUUCAACUCAUUUGGUGAUCCUGCUUCCCAAAGCACCAAAUAUAAGCUCAGAGUGAGAGCUAGAAGAACCCAAUGUGCGACAAGCUGAAGCUGUCUUGCUGGGAAGAUAACUGGUACCUCCUUCACAACAGGCAAAGUAAAGAAUCUGACAAUUUGUCAAGAGCCAUAUUGCUACUUCUGAGGGCCUCCAAAAAUUCUCUCUGGUGACUGCUUAAAAAUUGUAUGGUAUUGAAAAUUCUCUAAAGUGAGAUGACAUUGUUGUAUUUUGGCAUGCUGUGCAUAUCCCAGACAGCAUAUACAAUUUUACCAUCAGUUGUCCUUUGUCAUUUUUCAUGUUAAAGCUGAGUGCUUAAAAAAAAGCUGUUUAAAAAGAAGCCUAUCUGUGUAUAGAUAUUUUAGUAUUAAGUAUAUUUGUUGUAAUGAGCAAAGCAUAUUUCUAUCUCAUGUUUACUCCAGAGAAACUAAUACAACAAUACUUAAAUCAUU